AUGGUACUGGGGGGGCUCUUCCCCUCCAGUGCCACCUACACCCAGGGCUCAGACCUGCAGAGCUGCUGGUGUCCACAGCCAGGGCAGCCCUGGGUGGCCGAGGCUGAGCAAGAUGAGAGCAAGGAGUUUCUGCACAGCAUUUCCUGCAGGCAGCUGGACCACAACUUCUCCGACAGGCUGGAGGGCAGGAGAGGCUCAGCCCUGGGGAGUGAGGCACCUCCCCGGACGCUCCUCAGGACCAGGCCGCAGUCUGUCCAGCCUGGUGUCCCGCAGUGCCAGGAGGGAGCCUGGAACCAGAGCCCACAUCCAGGAGGGCUGGGCCUGCUGUGGGUACUGGGCUGCGUCCCUAGCUGCAGAUCUCCGCCUGCAGGGCUGGGAGAGGGUUCCGCCCUCCUGCACCCGGACAGCAGGUCCCACCCUCGGCCGCUGGAGAAGAGUGCCUGGCGGGCCUUCAGGGAGUCGCAGUGCCACCACAUGCUCAAGCAUCUCCACAAUGGUGCGCGGAUCACCGUGCAGAUGCCGCCGGCCAUCGAGGGCCACUGGGUGUCCACGGGCUGUGAGGUGCGGUCCGGGCCCGAGUUCAUCACGAGGUCCUACCGGUUCUACCCCAACAACACCUUCAAGGCCUACCAGUUCUACUACGGCAGCAACCGCUGCACCGACCCCACCUACACGCUCAUCGUCCGGGGCAAGAUCCGCCUGCGCCAGGCCUCCUGGAUCAUCCGCGGGGGCACCGAGGCCGACUACCAGCUGCACGGUGUUCAGGUCAUUUGUCACACCGACAGGGUGGCCGAGCGGCUCAGCCGGCUGGUGAACCGCACGUGCCCUGGCUUCGUGGCCAGGGGCCCCUGGGUGCAGGACGCGGCCUACGACCUGUGGCGGGCUGAGGGUGGCUGCGAGUGCACCCAGGCCCUGCGCUUCGCCAUGCACGAGCUGCAGCUGCUCCGUGUGGAGAAGCACUACCUGCACCGCCUGGACCACCUCGUGGAGGAGCUGUUCCUGGGCGACAUCCACACAGAUGUCAGCCAGAGGAGGUUCUACCGGCCGUCCAGCUACCAGCCGCCGCUGCAGAGCGCCCAGAACCACGACCACACCUGCAUCGCUUGUCGCAUCAUCCACCGCUCGGACGAGCACCACCCCCCGCUGCUGCCCCCAAAGGCAGACCUGACCGUGGGCCUGCACGGCGAGUGGGUGAGCCAGCGCUGCGAGGUGCGCCCCGAAGUCCUCUUCCUCACGCGCCACUUCAUCUUCCACGACAAUAACAACACCUGGGAGGGCCACUACUACCACUACUCGGACCCUGUGUGCAAGCACCCCACCUUCAUCAUCUAUGCCCGGGGCCGCUACAGCCGUGGGGUGCUGUCCUCCAGGGUCGUGGGCGGCACAGAGUUCGUGUUCAAAGUGAAUCACAUGAAGGUGACCCCCAUGGACACGGCCACAGCCUCUCUGCUCAACGUCUUCAAUGGUAACGAGUGUGGGGCCGAGGGCUCCUGGCAGGUGGGCGUGCAGCAGGACGUCACACACACCAACGGCUGCAUGGCACUGGGCAUCAAGCUGCCCCACACAGAGUAUGAGAUCUUCAAGAUGGAGCAGGACGCCCGGGGGCGCUACCUGCUCUUCAAUGGCCAGCGGCCCAGCGAUGGGUCCAGCCCGGACCGGCCAGAGAAGAGGGCCACGUCCUACCAGAUGCCGCUCGUCCAGUGCGCCUCCUCCUCUCCCAGAGCCGAGGACCUCUCUGCGGAUGGUGGGGGCGAACAGCACAGCCAGGCACCAGGAAGCAGAGCGCAGCCCGUGCUGCUGGCCGCCCUCGCCAGUCUCCUGACUCUGCCGUACUGGGGAGGGCCCAGCUAGUUCUUAGGAAGUUCUAUUUUUCUGAACCAAGAUUCCUACCAUGUACAGAUUUUCUUUAUGGAAAGAAGAGACACUGAUUCUUUGAUGCACUUGAAUGCCUGAGAGCUGUCAGUCCUUUUCCCCUCCCUCCCUUCCCGCCCUGAGUCAUGAGCAGCCCCGUUUGAAGUUUCUGCUUUGAACUCUGUCCAGCCCGAUCUCUGGCCCCAGUGAGUUCGCAGCAGUAAUUGCACUUUAAGUCCUCAGAGUUUCGGCUGGUGCGUCUGGUGGAGGCCUUGGGGUGAGCCCUGGGUCCUCUUAAUGAUUAGAUUUCUGAGAGUUGAGCUUAGAAGAGCCUGUGCAAAGCUCGACCUUUCCUGCUUUCUGACUGUAGCUGCCUCCGUGCUCCUUGGGGUCUUAGUCUCCAGGGGUCACAGCCUGGAACCUGGUGCACAGUUGGUUUGGGGCUGCCGUCAAGGUGCCUGCACUGCUAAAGUGGUGAUGUGGGUGUAGACAUGUACAUAGGAGGGGUGCAGGGUGCAUCCGGGGCCUCUUCAGAGAAACGGGAGAGAAUCACAACUUUCAGGAGUGUUGUGUGGAAAAGUUUCUGUAAUUAAAGUUCCAAAGUAAUUUAAACUAUUUUUACAUCACUGGUUUGCAGUGUUGAGAUGAGGUGUUUGCUAUUUGUUGGUUUGAGUGAGGAUGGGAUGCAAGCAGGCAGCUUCAUGUACCCUCUGGGGGACCAGGUGAGUGGGGAAAUAGCAAAAGCGUCCAGUGGCUGGGUGGGGAGCGGCAGCCACGUUCAGGAGGCCCCACUCAUGGCAGGGUCUCCUCUGUGGGGCCCGUCAGGCUCCCUCCGACUGUCAGGGUGGGGGCAGAGCGACCCCAGCUCCCGCCCUGAGGUGUGGUAAGGUUUCAUUAAGUCUUCACACCUGGGUGUGCAGCUUGAAUCAGUUUCCUUCCUGCCUUCAACCUGGCCGUGUCCUGACCUUGAGCCUCAGGGCCACUGUUCGGUGCUGCCAUUGCUGGUAGAGACCAGGAGGGGGAAGCGGGGGUGGCCAAGAGCCUGUCGCCAGAGUAGAUGUGGGCCGGGCAGAGCCAUGGGCCGGGCUCUGAUAUAACUGUGGCGCUGAGAAUGAAGUGCUUCUGUUCAGGGUCUGUUCUGCCUCAGUGUGCAUACCUGAGGCGUCUAUACCAAAUGAGAUGCUAACUUAAUUUCUGCCAGGUUUAAUAAACAGAGGUCAAAAAUAAUUUCAAAAACUACAUUUUAUAUGUGAAUCUAUUUAAUACUGAUACUUGCUUUAAGGGAAGUAAUAAAAUCACAUGAAAAACUGAAUUCAUUGUGAAAGAAUUCCUCAGUGAUUCAUCCUAAGAGUAAUAGAUUUGUAAAGCUUACUGACACCCACCUAGACU